AUGGAGAGCUGGCUGAAAGAAACUGGAGCGGUAGGCUUGGACGACUUGGAGCUUGCCGAUUUUCCCAUCACCGGGCGGGGUGUCAGAACACUGAGGCAUUUCAAGGAAGGCGAAAAGAUUCUCACCAUUCCAUGCGGCAGUCUCUGGACAGUCGAACAGGCUCAUGCAGAUUCCCUUCUGGGGCCAGCCCUUCGCUCUAUACGGCCGCCAUUGUCUGUAGAAGACAUAUUGGCUACGUACAUUCUUUUCGUCCGGUCGCGUGAGUCGGGAUACGACGGCCUGCGAAGCCAUGUGGCGGCGUUGCCUUCAAGUUACUCUUCCAGCAUCUUCUUUGCUGGGGAGGAGUUAGAGGUUUGCGCGGGCACUUCGCUGUACACCAUCACGAAGCAACUGGAGCAACGGAUCGAGGAUGAUUACAGGGCAUUAGUCAUGCGAUUGCUUGUACAGCAUCGGGAUCUUUUUCCCCUCGAACAAUUCACUAUUGAAGAUUACAAAUGGGCCCUCUGCACCGUGUGGAGUCGUGCAAUGGAUUUCGUACUGCCAGGUGGAAAUUCGAUUCGACUUUUGGCGCCAUUCGCAGACAUGCUGAACCACUCGGACAAUGUUAAACAGUGUCACGCCUACGAUUCUUCGUCUAAAACCCUCUCUGUUCUUGCGGGGAAAGACUACGAAGCCGGGGAUCAGGUUUUUAUCUACUAUGGACCUGUUUCGAAUAGUCGCCUAUUACGUCUCUAUGGCUUUGUCUUGCCCGGUAAUUCUAACGACAACUAUGAUCUCGUUCUUGCAACGCACCCUGAAGCGCCGUUUUUUGCGCGAAAGCUCAAGCUUUGGGCAUCGGCUCGACUCGAUUCAACCUCUACUAUUUCCCUCACUCUCACCGAUCCGCUACCAAACGAUGUCCUCCGAUACCUCCGCAUUCAGCGAUCGGGUGCAUCAGAACUCGCUGGCAUGGCGUGUCAGCGAAUUGAUGCUACGGAGAAAAUCAGCGAUUCCAACGAAGUGGAAGUCUUGCGGUUCUUGGUGGAAUCGCUUGGUGGUCUUCUAAAAAAUUUCGGAACGCAACUGGAAAAGCUAGAAGAACAACUCGCGGAGGGCGUCUAUGCAUCGGGGGGGAAUGCAUGGGCUGCGGCGCACGUAAGCUUGGGCGAACAGCGGGUGUUGAGAUUGGCGAAAAAGAGAGCAGAGGACUUGUUAGCGGCAGUAGAGAGCAGAAGUGAGAUUGGGAGGGGUUCGAUGCCAGAACAGGCGCAAUGCGCGAAGUGUGGAAAGGCUUCCGUGCCGUUGAUGUUGUGCGCGAGGUGUAGAGCGAUCAGUUACUGCGGACGGCAGUGUCAGGUCGCUCAUUUUAGUGAGCACAAGGUCAUGUGUCGAAGUACAGCUUCUAGAAAUGUCUAG